CUCGUGGGCCACGCACUGCCCCGCCACGCCGCCUCGCUCCGCACAGCCCUCGACAGCUCGGCCGUUCCACAGUUGUGUACAGAGGACUUCAGCAGCUGGUACAUCCAGUUGGUAUCCAGAGAGACCCCCAGAGGCCACAGUCAGAGGCGCCGCCUUCCCCGAAGGCCAUGGCGAGGCCCCCGCUGCUGCCCCUGCUGCUGGUGUUCCUCACCGCCGGUUGCGGCGUCUACGCGGCGCGCAGGUGCCAGGACACGCACGCCCAGAGCCAGCUCGACCUCAACAAGGUGACUGGUCAGUGGUAUGUGGUGGAGAUCGUGGAGCACGACCCUAAGGUGCUGGAGAUGUCGAUGAUCGAGCAGCGCAAGUGCCCCAUCGUGGUCCUGCACCGCCAGAACUCCACCGGCAGCUGGCUCACGCUCAAGUGGACCGAGGGCAGGGAUGUUGUCGUCUACAACCUCAACGUCACCGACAUGCGCAGGGCCCUCGGCCGCUGGCAGUCCAUCGGCAAACAGGAGGGGUCGAUGACGCGGCGGGAGAACUACCAGCACUUCGACGGCGUGGUGCUGGUGCUGAAGGCCGUGGAGGACCACAUGGUGCUGACGUUCUGCGACCGCAACCCGGAGCGCUCGCCCUACACGCUGGUGUUGUCGCGGGCGCAGCGCAUGCCCGGCGACGACAUCGACAGCAUCAACAACAUGAUGCGCUUCCGCGAGCUGUACAUGGGUCUGGUGAAGAGCACGUGCCCGGGCGCCGCCGCCGCCGUUGCUCACUCGCCCGCGCUGCUCGCCGUCGGGGCGCUCGCCGCCGUCGUUCGCCUGCUGCUCGGCCGUGCGGGUCCGUCCUAGGACGCCGACCAACUCUGACGGCGCUGGUCUGCGACUGCCAGCGGCGACGUCCCAACAGCCGCCACCGCAGUUGCUACCCGAACGUGUGGCAUUACGUGUACUUCAGGAACUGCUCUGAGCGGCGAAGCGCAAACGAACGAGUGCUGUUCAUUUCACCGAAAUGUGAAACUGUCGAGCUCCUGGUCCUUAAGAAAAACACGUCAUCCUUCCAGGAACGUCAUUACGUUCAUUCCAUCGAGCACCUCGAGACAACGUAUGAUGACGCAGUUUUGUGCCUUCUGUAAGUAGCUCGUUUCCAAAGACUCUACAUUUCGAAUAUUUUUCCAGUGUCAGGUAAUAACCCUUGACUAGGUAGAGUGUGUGCCUGCCGACGAAGGCAGCACUGUACCGUCUUCUACACGUAUGCAUUCCUUUUUUUACGUUAUGGUAACUAAUGCAUUUCACAAUGAUCUUUUAUUUACUGUUUCGAUCAGUCAGUGGUCGUCUUCACACUGUUAAUAAACUAAAAUAGAAGACAAAGCAUCUAGAACCUACAAAAUACGCCAAACAGCUGUCUACGUAAAGAUUAAAAAGACGAAAAUGAUACCUAAAACACUGCUGGAUCCCUCUUGUACUGUUUUUCAUCACAGUCUAGGCCAGUGGCCUUUCCGUCUUCUAAGAAUACACCCAUCUUUUUCUUGGUUUCCCUACGGAUCUUGUACCUAAUGACCCGAAUUUUAAGGCUUGUUUUGGUACUCUUGAAUCUGGCGCUCUUUGUAGAUGUUCUAGCCAGCUUUGUCGAACAGACUUGAUCUUCUCAUUUCUAGCACAUAUACCAAGCUCUCUGCUUUUACGUCUUCGUUUCUUAGUCUAUCUCAUCUUGCACAGCCCUUAACGCCUCUUAGAAAUUUCAUUUCUGCGGCUUGGAUUCUACUGUUCCGUCUUGCAUUUCAUAGGUUGAUGGGAGCAACUAUUUCGCUCCUGUAAAAUAAAGAAAUGAAAGUGCAAUCCUUAGCAUCCCGUAUUGUUAUCCUCUACACGAAAUUCCUGCUCAACGAUGAACCCGAAGGACUUCCAGAUAUACGAUCGGAUUCGAUUUCGUCGUACUACCAAAUAUUUUUCCACGGGUAACGAUACAGAUAUCACGUUGCCCCUUUAGGAAGAAUAAUAGGCUACUCGUAAAAUAAACACCUUCUUCGAUUUCUAAAGCCACCCUUAAGUGUAAACUAAGCAAUUUGCUACCCACAUAUCUAUCGAUUGCGACGCCCAGUGUAGCUCUAGGGUAGAGAAUGAAGCAGCAGUUGUGCAGCCGGUCGGCAUCAAACAGUCACCUAAGCUUUUUUUUCUUUUUACUUACUUUUCCGUUUCUGGAUUAGAUACUGCAUAGAAUACUAAAAACAGACGUGGUGGACAUAUUGUACCUUAUGUGAUACCGGACAGCAGUGCUGUUCUUUUAGGUGCACACUUCGCUUCGCCGGUCAUUUCCUCCCUGUAGCAAUUUCACGCAAAGCACAGACAUACCAUAUGUUACUGUGUACCAGUAGGUAACCAAGUCACCCAUUCCGAGAACAAAACAAACAGCAAACAAUUCGCAACAGUACUCUGUAAACAUAUUCAGACGUUUUCCGUCUCAGUGGUUAAUGUUGGCACUGGUACUGAUUGCCCCAGCGAUUUUUUUUUAAAUUCCCAGAUGAAAUAGAUACUAUAUCAUUAAAUGAACAUGACUGAACUAAUCCCUCCUUUAGUUAUCGGCUUUCACAUGACUUAAAUUUGCUGUAUUAUCGUUAUAUAAUCCCAGAGACAAUGUCGAGCAUUGAAAUAACUUAGGAACAGUGGAAGAGUGACGUUCAGUAUUAUACUUAUCUGGAAAUAGUACUGCCGACGUGAAAAGUUAGAUUCUUAUCGUACAUCUAUACACACACGUAGAUUGUUUUACGUGUGACUUAAGUAAAUGGUUAUUGCGCUCGUACGUCGACGGAAGGGGAUGACUAUGAAGGCCUACUUAAAAACAGGGGAAUACUACAUUUGAACCGUUCGAUAUUUGCAACGAUCUCGUCGGCCCAGGCGAUUGAUAUCUCUUCCGCAACGAAGUUCGCAAUGACAAAGACACUACUCGUCAGCUUCGGCGCCUCGUAUGUGUCACACGAUUUCGGUCUUUAUUUUACCAUUCGCAACCUCUUUCUAGGAGUAUAGCACGUGCAUAACAAAGACAAUUGCCUCAUUCGCUACCGAUGGAUGCUGAAGCUUAAGAGCGAAAUAACUGGACGAGGGCAGCCGGAUUAAGGUGCCUUAACGAAUUUCGAGUUCGUGCGCAUUAUUUUGUACAUCCCGCGUCUUAGAACUCUACAAAUGAAGGAGCUUACCAAUGUCUAUAGCGUAUUUUUGUGUAUGGCGAAAACAGACACGAAUACAUCAAUUAAAAUAUUUUAAAUAUGUAAAUAUGUAACAUUCUCCUUGUCAUUUAGCUCAUUUGUAUAUUUAUCUACGAAUCAUGUCAUAAAAUGCGCUAUUUCUUAAAGUUAAUACAUAUCAGAACUUCGUGUUGUAAAAAAGAAAUUCUGGUCUACUAUUUAUUACUGAGAACUAACUUCAGUUUUAGGUCAAAUAUUAGGGUCAUAUAUUGCAAAAACUAACUCGCAUUUUCGCUCACUUCUUCUAGCUGUCUAUAUGAAAUAUAUACACUUUCUACUUGCGGUGUAAUUUUUUUUACGGCAGUCAGUAAUAUUCGCUGUUAUUUGUGUCUGUACUUACGUGUGGUUUGUUGUAGGGUCGUACAUGGAGCUUGCUUCUUGUAUAGUCUGUAAGUUUCGAUUCUGCUUAGGUUAGGAGACGAUGUCGAUAGUCUUUGUUUUUCGUGUUAUUUAUUUACAAAACAGUUUCGUAAUAGUCCGUCGUGGUUGCAGGAGACCGCGCGGAUGUCAAAGGACAAACACCAAGUACGUUACAAAUUCCCUGACUCGCUAUAUCGCACAGACGUAGUUUCAUUGGUGCUCACAAAGGGCACAGUCAUAUAGAAUAAAGACAACAGUCGUCUUCUGCGAAGGCGAGGAGGAUUGUUUCUGUUAGGUUCUCUCUUGUUUUUCUGUCUCUUUUCUAUGUAGCCGUCCCCACGUCCCCGCCUCUCCCACUACAACUCAGCGUCAGGUGGCUGUGAGGACACACACACACACACACACACACACACAGAGACAGAGAAGAGAGAGGAGAGAGACGUAAAGUUCUCCCCUCCCUAAAAUCCCGCGCCAACUACCUCUCCAAGCGCUUCCUCCUGUAACCUACUUACUGAACCCUACAUCAACGUAGCUCCCUUGAUCAGGCAUUUCCUCUUCUCAUUUACCCAAACGAUCAUGUUACAGCGUUCCAGAUGCCGCGCAUGAAGCACUUUACGUAUUUGAAUCCUUAAGCUUUUGAGAGCCAAACUCGUGAGAACUUCACAAGGGGGGGGGGGGACUGUGCACUCCUAAGGGCACAGCGUUUUUGGCAAUGUUAGCUCCAAUACAACUGUACAAACCGACACAUAGCAAGUGUUCCAUGCUUAGAGCUAUAUAUUGCGUUCUUAUUCAUAGACAGAAUCUUGUUUGAAUUUCAAACUGUGCUUUAAAGCAGCAGUAUUUUUGUGACUCAUCAACAUUUUAAUGACUCCUUCACUUCGCAUAUCGUAUGGUUCAGUUGCUGCUUGUGUUCUGCUCAUCUUGCCAGAGAAAAUUUCCUUCGUGAGUGUUACAAAAAUUCUCUGGAAUAAAGAGCAUAUGUAAUUUGGAUCUAGUGCAACGGUGUAUAUCCACUUUCUUGCGUGAAAUGGGGAAGGAAUUGAAGUAUCGACACUUAAAAGGUGUAGUUAACUUGUAGAUGGUAUGACAGUCAAUAAACUUACCGCUUUCUACGUUAAGCAUCUAAUGAACUAAAUUUGACAGGCAAUAUGAGAACACAAUUUUAUACUUCUACCUACGCGAGAUAUACAUGUGCGCAUAUCGAGUACAACAUGAAGCAUAUUAAUGAAGAAGCUUUAAAGUGGAAGUCUGUGGUAGUAACAAACAUAACUGUCAUGGCACAAAUUGAAAACCGUUGUUGUUACUCGUAAAGAGUUGCAUCAUUACUAAAGAAUCUUACCUCAUGGUAACAUAUCUUACAUAUCUUCCUUGUUUUAUUAAUCCUAACACCCUUCAAUACCCUAAACUGGAUCCUACUUUCAUUCAGCGUGGUGUGAAAUUGCUUCCAGUUGCUGUAGUUCUCUCACUGAUCUCUAUGUCAGUCUCGUAUUGUAACCUACUAGCUAUCUUUUUACACUAAUUUUAUUUCUUUAGUCUUCCCAUGUUUGUAUCAAUAGAUGUUACAUGUUAGCAAGAAUAAGUCUUCUUUGCACUUCAGAAUACAUGUCGAAAAACAAGGGGUUCUGCAUACGUCCUUAUAGGGCAGUAGUUCCGAUGAUCAAGUUUGUUUUUGAGGGUCUACAAAUCUCACGAGUCCUAUCGCAAUACCAAAUUUUUAGAAGUCUUACAGAUAAUAUUCGAUUAAUUACAUAUGCACCGAUUCCUUUCUUCUGCCUCUGAGAUUUCUCCGUGGGAACGCUUUCCUUGAUUAUAGUUUACCGUAGGACGUUUCUGACGGAAACUUUCGAGUCGGAAUGUAAGAAGUGUAACUUUAUGUUCUACCACCGACUCCAAUAGCACUGCAGUAGAUGUUCCACUUUUAAAGAAAAGCACAACAAUGAAAUUACUCAGAUUUCAUCUUUGUACAGUUCAUGCGUGGACGAUAAAAGCCAUUCUCUAUUUCGGCGUUAACGAGACUCCGAAAUUUCAAAUGCAAAUAGAAAAAAAAGUUUCCUUACCUGUAUCACAACUUUCCAGGAAGUUAAGUUUUUAUGUGAAGGGCAAGGAGUUCAUAUUUUUAUUGUUCAGUUUAUUCGUCUCUUAACUUACAUGAUCCAGGGUGAAGAGGCUGAUCCGUCAGCAAACAGGCACUCCGCUUCGGUCCACCAAUCAUAACAGCCACCACACGUCGUAUACUAUGCCUGUUAUUUGCCCUUACCUUCUGCUGCAGCUGGUCUAUGCUACAAAGUUACAGAUAGCAAAAUUAACACUCAAAAAGUACUUGAUGAGGACAUCAUGCUGGUUACGAUAUUUAAGAUUUCAGAUUUCAGUGAGGUCAAAAUGAUACUAAUCAUUUAUUUAUACUCUCAUAAUUCAACAGCUUAUCGGAGGUUUUUAUGGUCUUUUGCUUGAUCAGCGUGGUCACUACAGCCUUUCUGAUUAGGGUUAAGAUUUAUUUUCAGUAUAGAUUAAAGUAUUCUAAAAGUCAACAACCAAGAAUUUGUAAAGAUUUAGUACUUAAUUUAGUAAAAGAUCAAGCGCAAGACUGACUGCUGACUAUUGUGUCUUUCCACCGAGUUCGCUUAUAAUAGUUACAUAAAAUCCUAAGGUGAGUUGACUCUUUUAGAUUUCUGGUCGUUAGACAAGUCUUUACAUAAUACUGGCUCUCCAUAUUUCUCUCUUUUCUACCAUUCUGUUUGGCAUCAUACAAUGAUUUUCUCCUUUCACCGUAUCUACCAACUGCUAUCUUCUCCUUGGUUUUUCCUUUUCCUUUCUCUGUCUGUUCUAAAGCAUCUGUCAGUGAGCGCUGACCACUUGGACAGUUUCCUAACCUGUUCUUUUUCUUUUUAAAAUCUUGCUUGUGUUUUUUACCCUCUACCCUUCUAAUACUUCUCAAUUCUUACUUUUUUCUGUCCAAAUUAUGUUUUACGUCACAUAUCCACAUCUCUAAGACCACCAGUCUUUUUUCAUCUUACUUCCUACAGGUGCACGUUUCUGUGCCAUACAAAAAAACAUUCCACACAAAACAUGUAUCCAGUCUGUUUCUAAGCUGUUAGUUCAGUUUUCCACAUUGUAGCUGCUUCUUCCUGUUGAAGCUUGCUUACCCAUUAUAAUUCUGGUUUUAAUUAUUUGGAUCUCCUUUGUUAAAGUGUCCGAGUAUCUGAAACAUUUUAUUUGUUCAGUUGCGUCCUAUCCUAAUCUUACGCUUGACGUUUUUUCACCUGCACCAUUUACCAUAACAUUGAUUUUUUUUACUGGCAGUGGAGUAAAACAGUUUAUGUAUUAGCUCCUGCUGCUGAAGCGAAAUAUACGAUGUUUCAGAGCCUGUGUUGUUCUGAUUACGAUGCAAAGUUCCUCUGGACGUGCAUGGACAUCUGCCAAUACCGGGCAAGCGACUUUCAAGUACAACGUCUGACUUGUGCAGGAAUAUACAUAAUGGAUGUACGAGUUCAGGUCGUAGACACUUGGAUGACAACAUACGGAAGUUUGAAGUUUGGGUCUGGCCGGGAGUGGUACGCGGAUAGCCCAGUGGGGUCCUAAGGGGCCCGGGUUCGGUUCACGGCUGGGUCGGGGAUUUUCUCCGCUCACGGACUGGGUCUUGUCUUCAUCAUCAUUACUGCCUCCGCCACCCCAUUACCUGAUCCAUCUCUGAAAAGAUGUUUAAAAAAAAAGCGUGUUUGGUGACGGAAUACAAACUAGUUGCGUUAACUUCGGCGGUUCGCGUCCUGGUACGUGCAACGAUUUUAAGAUGUCGGGAGCGAUGAUGUGAAGUAUAGGGACAUGAUCUGAUAAUAAAUGAUACAAAAAAGAACUACACUGAGCUCUCUUAAGUAAAAAAAAUGGUAAAGCGACCGCUUGCGAUAAGUGGGAAAUCCGGGUUCGUGUCCCGGUCCGACACAUAUUUUCACUGUGGUCAUUCCAUUCUACAGCUAAUGAUAGUCUUUAUUCGCAAUUGCGAAUUCAUUUGGUGAUGAAGGUCAUGAACAGCGAUAACUGUGUGUUGUCGAGUGAACGACUCUUCCGAGGCUCCUAGAAAUAAUAAAAAAUCUGGCGUUAUCGUACAUAAGAUAUCUCUCUUGUGUCACCUGGCGGUUCACGUGACCGGUAGACCCACGAGCCCAGCUGGAUGGACACCCCUGGGCGGAGAGCAGAACAAUCCCCGGAGUGUAACUGGAGGCGGCGCUAGGCCCGCGGGCCAGGAUUGCGGUUGCCUCGUUGCCCACAAUUAGAGGCGGUUAAGCGCUCGCCCAGGGCUGGACACGAACGCCAAUAUCUGUCGCUGCCACGCGUAUACAGCCCCGCCGCCGACGGCGGCGGCAAAACUUGUCUUAACACCUUACUAUCAGUCAUUACCGUUACUUAAUAAUGUAUUUACUUUGAAGAGAGAACAAAGAACCCCAUAGCCGGCCUCCUCACAACUUCCAGGUCGCUGAAAUUUUGUGACGUGAUAUGCCGUUCCGGAGAUAAGCAGGGUGGGUAUAAUUUUAUUGUUUGAAAUUUGUUCGUUAAGACAAACAGAAGUAGAUUCUUAUCACUAUAUAGUCCGACAGCGAAGGAAGACUGAGUCCCUGUCUUUUUUCGGUGUGUUAUGAAACAUUCUGUUCAGUCCAUCUUACACGUGAACACUCUUAAUUCUUCUUGCCAGUAUAGCAUCACUUAUUUCGUAAAUUGAUUGCGAUGUAUUCUUUCCAUGUGAUUUUUUUCGUCUCUGCCGUAGUUAUUUCAUUUACCAUAUAAAGCGUAGAUCUCUAGCUCUUACACAAUCAUCCUGUCUGAGUAAGUGCAACCUUUCACUUUCAGCAGGAACCUACUUGUGUACCUUCUGCUUCUUUUGAGGGGAGACUCAGUUCUCACAUCCGUCGUACAGAUCAUAGAUGUUGCUGUUUGUAGUUAUCUUAUGUAAUUCUUACAAGACGACCUCCGUGGUUCCGAGUUAUAGUUUUUGCCACUUACAGUGCAGGUACAGGGUUCAAGUCCCACUUUGUCCAUGAGUGUGUGUGUUGGGGGGGGGGGGGGGGGGAGGGCUGGGGAGGGAGGGGGAGAUGUUUUAUGUUGUCUGUAAUUGCUGGAAGAACUGCAGAAAUAAUUAUACAUAUUCGUAUGAUGAACUAAAUUGAAAAGAAGUUGAGAGAUCAACCCGUCAUUUUUUGAUCAAAAUAAUACUAUUUCCUUUCUAGCCACAUUCCCAAGUAAGGUGAGGACAUUCAACGAUUCAUUCCCUUAGGAUGCAUAAUAGACUGUGAAGAAUGAACAUUCAUCAGGUACUGAAGUGAAGUCUUUCACUGCAGCGGUGGACUGUACCCACUGCCCUUGUUCAUGACUUCACGUACGGAAAAAAAGCGAUAGGUAUGGACAGAAGAAUACUAACGGUAAGGUACGAGUAGGUACACCGUAAAGGAUCAGCCUUUGAUCCUCCUGACUUGAAGAAACCAGCUCACAACGCUUGAGAAAAAUUUCGAGAAAGCUAGAUAAAAUGACAGAUAGAAUGAAGAGGCACUACUAGAUGUGGCAACAGAGAUGUAUGUUUGGAUGCACACUGUAUCGAAAAACGAAACUUUCUGGUGAGUUAGAUCGCCUUCUCAACGAUUUGUUGCCAAUAGUAAGGCAUUCGUCAGGUACAGCAACAGAGCUAUCGAGAACGGAAAGCUUUCAGUGUACCAAGAAAGAAAAAAUAAAUUUAAUUUCCUGUAACACUACUUAUACAACAUGACACGGACUACAAGAUAGAAGAAUUUUAUAGAAAUUGAUUUCGGCUGCGAGAGCCUAGGAACUUGACUUCUUGCAGAAAAUUCAGUGACUGUGUUUUUAAGACGGAGUAGAUACACAGAUAGUAAGAGAAUAGUUUGACAGAGAAUGAAUAUAUGUGUACGUCAAAAAUCUACGGGAAAAGCACCUUAAAUGGGAGACUGUUUGUCUCCCAGUUGAUUAUGUAGGUAAGGUACAGUUCUUUCUGUAAUGAAUAGUACUUAGUCAUUAUAUGUUUCAUUCCACAAAACCCCCUCCUAUCGUCUCUCUCUCUCUCUCUCUCUCUCUCUGUCUCUCUCUCUCUCGGAAUGUAUAUCUGUGUGUGUGUGUGUGUGUGUGUGUGUGUGUGUGUGUGUGUGUGAUACGUUGUUCCUGCCUCAGGAAUCCGUCGCUCACAGCAGAAGGUUCACGGUGCGUUUGUUCUCUCCCAGCGUAUAAUGUUUCGGAACGUAUUACUUACACACAGAAUUCCCUUCCUGCGCGCCCCUAGCGACCGUCAAGUGUCAUCUUUCGACCGAACCACUGUGCAUGCAUCAGGAAACCAUAGGCUUGGUGAGAAACGUACCUUUGAGGUUCCAUAACUCGACAGAUUAUUUCUGUUCACCAUUAUCAAUAUCUUAAGUCCACGAAGUAUCUCAUUAAGGUUACUUUUAAGCACUUCAGACAGAGUGAUGUUUCAAAUGAUAAAAUGUUUCUAAUUCCCGUCCAACCGCCCAGGUAUAGGCAUUCCGUACUUUUCUUAAAUUUCAAAAGGCGAAAACCUCAAAAGUUUCUUUGAAACGUUCACGGUCGAGUUUGUCGAACUUUGUCGACGGGGCGUGAAAUGCUAACCAUCCUUCUGUCUUUGUGUUCUUAUAAAUGUCCUUGUAGAGAUGGGUAGUUGUAUACUAGGUUUUUGUACAGCCAAAAUGAAUUUUUCAGCAUACAGUGCAAUAAUCAUCUUCCAUUGUAAUUAUGUAUUAUAGGGUAUAAAUAACAUGCUCUUAAAUGUGUCAUGAUUUGUACAUAUUAACAUUUAACGUAUUUAAAAUGGUAUAAUAAUUUUAUGCUACUAUGAGUAAUGUUACUAGUACUAGUUAUUCAUUAUAUUGUCUGCAGAAAGUAGCAUCAUAACUUAUUACAGCUGUCCAAUGUAACUACCUGGUUAACGUAGUUAAGGUUACAAACAAAAAUCAUUAGUUACGCCGUAGUGAUCAUUGACCCUAAUGAAAUAGAAUGAGUAUGUUAAUCAUCGAGUCACACAUUGUUUGUUCACAAUGAUACCACUGUGCUUUAUUCCUUUGUAGGUAGGUCACAAUCAGUGAGUACUGUUGCUUUACAUAAAGACAUCAUUGUACUUUAUUCCAUGUACAUAAAGAAAAUUUGUCAAUUUGUUAGGCAUAAAUGUCAAUGCGCCUUCAAGUACAUCUGCUUGCGCCUAAAAAUCUGUAAUGUACUCAAGAAUGGAAUUUCGAUUGAAUGACGAUUAGUACAAUAUUAUGUACGGUGCUGCCAAAUGUGUUCUAAUAAAUUAUAUCCACUAUUGUGCCAAUUAAUAAAUAGUUUCUAUUCUCCUCAGUUUUAUAAACAUCCCAACAGAUUUUUGUAACAUUUAGUGACAUAUUAAUACCAGUAUGAUCCUAACAGAAAUGUUAUUUAAAGUGUGUAAGUUCCGUUCCUAGUAAUAGUAUUAUACUGAACUAUAUCUAUUAGGCAAUCAGAGAAGUAUGUCAUCAACAACAGGGGGAAAGAAAGAGAAAAGAGUCAUAAAGUUGAUUAUCAUAAUGCUGGAAUCAAGUAUGUGAUGCAACAAAGACUCUUUGUAUGUUUGUAUCGCAGAUCGUUCAUAAGCUGUGACUGUGUUACCGUAGUGAAGGAAGGGGUGGGAAAGGCAAUAUCCAAUUGUGUUCCAUAAGAACAGAAAAAUCUUUGAAAACGAAAUAUUUCUCUGUAAUGUUGGCUACCAUUUUCUUUCCUUCGAAAGUUACAUCCAUAAAAUAGUUACCACACCUUGUGUUUAUUAAAUAACACAUAAUUUCAUAACAAUAUUUGUACAUCAAUAUUUCGUCCAAAAAAGCAAUGAGUAACAUGUAAUAGCAUUUCAUUGCAAAAUUCUGUUCAAAUGGCACUACUUUUGAAUAAACACAA